ACUUGCCAGUGCACACGGCCUCUUCUGCCUCGCCAGCGGAACAGGGGCUCAGGCCUCAUUCACUUCGCUCCUUCAGUUAACAGCAGAGACAUCGACAAAUGCUUGUUGAAUAAAGAGAAAUAAAGAGCUUGGGAAGGAGCGAAACCUUUUUGACCUGUUUCAGUUGUUCCCGCCUACUCCAUCUUCUUCCAGGUCAGGGGGUGUGCCUCAGAGAAAGAAGGAAAAGAAUUUUGCGGGCUGUCACACACUUCGGAUGUUUAGCUGGGCCUUUGAAUCUUCCUAGAGUCUAUACUCACGCCAGGAUCUCUUCUUUUGGAAAUCAUCAUUUGGCCUAUGGCUUCACUACCUCCACCUUACUCAUUUUUUUGCGGAACUUGUGGAAACUGAAAAGGGGGUCAAUUGGACUGUAGUCCUAUAAAACAUCAAAGCUCAAAUCCUCCCGAAGGAGAGUUAUUUUCUGCUCCUUUGUAGUAGACUUCCCAAAGCAAUAAUUUUGAUCCCAACACCACAGCCUCAGUUGAUCCUUCAUUUAACAAUUCUAACAGUCAUGGAGAAGCGCCUGCAGGAGGCUCAGCUAUUCAAGGAGGAAGGGAACCAACGCUACCGGGAAGGGAAGUACCGAGAUGCUGUGAGUAGGUACCACCGAGCUCUUCUUCAGCUGCGGGGCUUGGAUCCAAGUCUGCCUUCCCCGAUACCCAGUCUAGGACCUGAGGGCCCAGCUCUCACGCCGGAGCAAGAAAACAUACUGCACACCACUCAGACGGACUGCUAUAACAACCUAGCUGCCUGUCUCCUCCAGAUGGAGCCAGUGAACUAUGAACGAGUGAGGGAAUACAGUCAGAAAGUCCUAGAACGACAACCUGAUAAUGCCAAGGCCUUGUAUCGGGCUGGAGUAGCCUUCUUCCAUCUGCAGGACUAUGACCAGGCUCGGCACUACCUGCUGGCUGCUGUCAAUAAGCAACCUAAAGAUGCCAAUGUCCGGCGAUACCUCCAGUUGACACAAUCAGAACUCAGCAGCUACCACAGGAAAGAGAAGCAGCUAUAUCUGGGCAUGUUUGGUUAAUGAAGAAAAAAGAUGCUUCUCUACUUAAGCUCAAGUGGACCACUAAAGACCCGUCAAGAGAGACCUGAACCUCAGCAAGAGAAAUUCACCCUUUACCUCUGACCCAGGUGGAUUUCUAUUUUCCUGUUCUGCACAAGCUCUUUGCUACUUAGGCCGUCUGCAUCCCUUAUUGUCUAUCCCUCAAUGUGGCUGGCAAUCCAUAUUAUUUGCCUUGAGAAAUGGACUAGAAAGCAUUCAUCCACUGUGGAUGCAAUCAACUAU